AUGUUGAUUAACAUAUCUUCCAGAAAUAGAUCAUUCAAUGCUCCUCAAAUUGUAACGGAUUUAGUUCAUAGAUUCGAGGAUAGCAACAGUGCUUUGGAAAACAGAAUUGAUUUGCUGCAAGAACUUCAUGAAUUCCAAAACUCUGGUUGGUGCUAUCCUAGAGGUGACUUGAACACAUGGAUUCCUGUUCUAAACUUUUUUGAUGAGAUCCUUCGGGAGGUCAUUGAAGAACAUCGUCUGCUUGCUGCUCAGACAAUCCCAUUCUCGGAAAAGGCAAAACAGAUCGUUGUGAUAAUUUUACAGUUCGUGUCCUUUCUCAUGGAUCAUUGUGCGAAUCGCACUCUCUUCAAUUCUUCAGAUCGUCUGACGGAUUUGCUGCUGACCACUGACGACGACGUAUUAUAUUACACCCUUCAGCUUGUUCUUCGCAUCGGACAACAUGCAAAUGGACUUAAAUUUGGGAAGAAAGCGUACAAGCUACCCAUUGACAGAUUACGAUUGCUUUCUCUCUGUUUUCCAGACACUUGUCAAUACGAGGAUUCAGAAUCAUUUCCUGACUUAAUAGCUGACGAAGAUCUGGCUCAGUUCUCUUCGUGGGGACAGAUCUCCUUUACUUUCUAUCCUGAGGUCCAAACUUGCGUUGACGAAAACUCGUCAAAAACGGAGAAAAAGGCAAGGCGAAAAAAACAGCGCUGCGUUUCUAGAACCUCAAAAUUACAUCUCCAUCAUUCCAUAUUUGAAUCGCGCUCUUUAGAAGGUUACUUCCAAGACAUCUGUUCAUCUCACCGCAUUCCUGCAGAAAGGCAGUAUGAACUCUUGGUGACUUUGAGAAAAAUGCGCGCAUUUAGAAAUCAUAGGGACUUCUUGCGGAUGAUCCGUAUUGGCAUGCUUAGUUUGGCCUCCAUUGCCUAUGUCAUAAACGAAACUGAGUUUCAGUCUCUAUUAAGCGUGCAUCAUUCGGAUCUUCCUGCGUUUGUGCUUUCCAUUUUAAGCAGUAAUGACUCAAAGAUCGGGACGUUGCAAGACGAUGCGUUACGGUUAUUAGUAGCAAUGUCACAACAUCGGCCGCUUCUCAAAAAUCAUAUUCUUACUGCCUUGAAUAUUCCCAUGUCGCACGGAUGCUUCUAUAAAAUACUGAAGAAUGUACUUCUUUCAUUAGAUUCUGACAAACCAGCUGUUUCAAACGAUUUUACCAUUACGGUUUUCAAUUACAUAGAUUUUCUAUCGUCAACACAACCGGGGGGUGUAGCCCUCUGCAAUCCUCUGAUCAUGAAAACGUUGCUCAGUGUUUAUGAUAACACUCGUGCAAGUGCUCUAAGAAUUACGGUGCGGGUUACCGAAAUCUUGGAUCAUUUAAUUUAUGCCUUCACAGCAGCCUUGCCUUGUUCGUUGAAGCGAAAGGAACAAGCUAUCUUGUCAAGCGCGUCACUUCUGAAGUUAAUUCUGCGCUCCGGUGGUUUGCUUGAGUUUCGAAAUCUGAUUGAAACAUCACUCGUUGCAACCUUAAAGACUAUAAUGGACUUCGCAAGUGAUUUUGGUGCAAAAAAUCAUGCACUUGCAAUCAGUAUCAUGUCUGCAUUUAUUCAUAAUGAGCCAACGGCAUAUUCAAUUCUCUAUGAAGCUGGCCUUCCGAAUUCGUUCUUUGCCUCCAUAAAGAAAAAUGCGGCACCUUCUGUAUCAUUAUUUCUCUCGCUUCCCACAGCUUUUGAAGCAAUUUGCUUAAAUCAAACUGGUUUUGAACUUUUUAAGUGCGCGAACCCAUUUUCAUAUUUGUUUUCUUCCUUUUACAGCGAAAGUCAUUGUAAAGUUUUACUUGAUAGCGACUUUGCUGGCGUAUUGGGUAAUUGCUAUGAGGAAUUGAUAUGUCAUCAUCCUAAAUUAAAACAUUUACUUUUUGAUGAAGUCCUACAUUGCUUGCAGAGUAUAUCUGAAAAGCAGAAGUCUGAUUUUGAUUGCUUGGCUCUUCCCGAAACACUUCAGAAGAAUGAUGCUUUAAUAAUAAGUGUCUACGAUGAUGGUCUUCGUGGCUCUACGCAGCCAGUACUCUUGCAAUAUAUUGAUGUGUUUUCUCGAUUCCUCGAGGGUUUGUUAACUGAUUCAUCACGUUGCCAUGAUUUUAUCGAAAUGGGGUUCUCGAGCAAGUUUCUUGACUUGUAUAACUUCAAGCUUCCGGCAUUUUUCCCUAAUUCAUCAGCGGUUGAUGCAAUGUCUAGUACACUUCGACUCAUUGCUGAUGCGGAUUUGCAGAAGGCAGUCGAACCCUUGCUUUCUGCACUUGUUUCAUUAUUGGAUGAUUUGGAUUACUCAAAGCUAAGAGAUUACAAAUCAUCGAGGUUUGAGUCAUUACUUGACGGCAUUUUAGAUGCAGAAAAUCUUGUGAAGAUGUCUGAAGUACAAAAUCUUGUGAAGCUACAAUCAAUGAUUGCUACUUUGCAGGAUUUUAUCUCUGCGCCUCUGUUUUCGAGUAACCAUACCAUGGAUCUCUGUCAGCUAGUUUUUUCCGCUGAAGAACAAUACUCUCUGCUAAAAAAACUAGGAAAUGUUCGAAAGACACUUCUUAUAGAGGAAUUGAAUUUGUGUUUCACCGUUCCUGAAAGAUGGAGGGAUGCCACAUGCACGCGUUUAAAAAAGCGUGAUAUAAAAGAUCGAAUGCUGUCGUUAUAUAAAGAACUGGAUUCACUUUCAUUGAGACGAUUUGAAAGAUUCAGAAGUUUGCGAUAUGUUCUUUCCUCGGUUCCAUCGAUUAUCAAUAGUAUCUUCCUUGGUCUGGUGCACCUUUGCUCUCGGAAAGUGUUUGCGGGAACAAUAAAAUUUAAGCGUACUGAUACUGGUUUGAUGCUCGCUAGCUUUCUUCGUGAACAACUCUGCUUUUUACCAAGUGAUGAUUCUUGUGAAAGCUUUACUGUACUAUCUUACAAUUCUGCCACUCUCUCUUUGUUACAGAGUCUUUUUGUGAAUGAAAAGUACCAAGAAUUCCUCCACUUUUUCUGUUCUUGUCUUCAUAAAUGGGAUUCGUUUAAGUACAUCUUUAACCUUCUUGAGCUAUCUUUGUCUGUCCUUCUCAAUAACUCAAAAGAAACAGACUCUUGUCUUAGUCAUACAGCCGCGGGUUGCUUGAGGCUAAUUGUGUCUGUAAUUUCUCGGUUAUAUGACUUGGAAUCAAAAUUUGGAACGUCGAAGGAUUUGACACUUAAUGAAAACUUGGAAAGCGUUGAAGUGCUUAGUGAGAAUGAGAACAUUUGCGAUUCUUUAUUAACGAUGUAUUAUCCUACAAUGCUUGAGUUAUGGAAAAGUUCGAAAAGCUUCUGUUUCUCUCGUCCAUUUCACAGAGAAAUGGUUUUACUGUUCUCUGCUGUAACCAAAAACACAAAUUCGGAAUUAAUACUGAACUCCGUCUCGUCUCCUGGUUCCUGGAAAUCUACGUUGACCUUCUUACCUGAGCGGACUGUGCAGAAAAAAGUUAAGCUUAAGCAUUGGGAAAGAGAAACAGAAUUUGUACAUGACCUCUUGGAUAUUUUGAAAACUGAACAAGCAAUUCCUUUUGAGCUUUCAAAACUUUCUCAUAUUUUCUUUCAAACGAGGGGACAGAAGAUCUGGUUCGUUAAUUAUAUUACCAAUGCUUACUUCACAAAACAACGUUUGUUACAGAAAUUACAGUUGGAGCAUAGAAACAUUUUUGAGUUCCUUGUGGUAUUUAUAAAUGAUACAAGAUUUCCGAGGGCAUCACAUUCCACGAUUAAGAAAUUAUUAAGUCACUGCAUCUUCAUGCUAAAUAAUGAAUCACUCUAUAACCAAGAGCGACAACUUUGGGUUCCUUCUUGUCUAAUGCUACUCGAUAGUUGUCUAUUCAAAGACCAAUUAGCAACUUUAAAACAGGCAACUCGAAACAUGCAUAAGAGUGGUAUUCUACAAACUCAGGAUUUAAAGAAGGUUUAUGUUUGUUGUUCUAAGGAGCUGAAACUCAACGUCUCAUUAUUGUCAACAGUGUCUUUACUACGAAUAUUUGCCCGUCUUACAACCAUCCCGGAACUCGCUUAUGCCUUUAUACACGAUUGUCUUGGUGAUGCCUUAAACUCAGUUAAGCAGCACAAUUCUCGUUUACCAAAACUUCAGCAUCUAUUCAUGAGUGUUCUUAGGAAUAUCUUUGAGACGGAAGACAUGGUGAAACAUACUAUGCGUGUAGAGCUGUACGACUACUUUACAAAAAAGGCGCAUUCCUCAUCUGUCGAUUCACAAACAUUUACGGAUUCAUUUGCAUAUUUUGCUGUGAGAAAUGUUUGUGCUCUAAAUUCUGUAAUUGGAGAGCUCUGCUUUUUAAAGGAGGGAGGGACUGAUGCAGAAACUAGUUUGACGUUGAAGCGAGAUUAUCCUAAUCCAAGAACCGUUAAUCCAUCACUGGAAAUCAUUAAUGAUAAUAUAAAUUAUUUUUUGUCUUCGCUUUUUAUGGAACUUACGGAUUCUGUAACAAAAUCAUUUGCUUUAAUUGAAGGGAUGGAUAAAUCUCAAUUAUCGGGUCUCGUUGAUGUUGAUAUCAAUGAACUCGAAACCGAACUUUCUCACUCUCAGUACAUUUUGAAGAUCUUUGUGGAAUUACUGUGCAACUUCAGCGCUGCCAGAACAUGGUUUUGUCAAAUUCCUCAUACGUGGGAUAAGACCAGUGGUACUUCGAAUGCGUGUAAGCAAAACACUUUGAAGUACAUUAUAGAAGAAAUUAUUUGUGCUUAUUAUCCGAUGGUAACGCUUGACAAACUGACAUCUCUUCUAAAAGCUUUGUCAGAGGCUGGAAUCGCAGUAGUGAUAGCAUUAUGCCAAUGUCCGUCUAUAGCAGAGGAAGCCGUUUUCGAAUGCAUUACUAUAAAUGUGAUUAAGGAUUUAUGUUCGUCUUUACAGCAUCAAUUAUUAUGCCCAUCUACGCAAGCGGAACGCUAUCAUCGACUUCGUUGUAUAUCUAAUACUGUUCAUGGUUUGGUUUCUCCGUCUAGUUUUUUUACAAACUCCAAACUGAAAACUUCGUCGAAGGCCUGUGGUUAUAUUCUGCAACAACUUGUUUCCAACGAUAUGAUAUCCCUUCUUGUCUCUGCUACAACUACUAUCGAUCUCAGUUAUCCUGACGCACACGACUGUCUAAAGACUAUCUGUGUGCCUUUGAAACAGUUAGUUUUUUUCGCUCUUGAUCAUAGUAGUCUUUUUGUAUCUAUGUCAAGCAAUACGGAGUUACUUGAUUGUGACUCUGAUUCGUCUUCAGUUAGUUAUGACGACGAUAUGCCAAACGUGUACAGGAAUUCUGUUCUUGGACUUACCACUGCAACGCAGCAUUCAAACCAUUCAAGCCAGAAUGUUGAAAGUGCCAUUAGCGACAGGGACCUUGAUGAUGACGAUAGCAACUCCUCGGUUGUAUAUCCUGCAUAUGCAGAGAAUAUGCGGGGUGCUGAAUCGACCGAAAGCAGCGAGGAAAGCGAAGACGGUGAUGCUUAUACAAGAACAGAAGUUAGGGCUGCUGCCAAUGACGACGUAAAUUUCACAAACAAUGCAACUGGUACAAGUGAUGGGAACUCCACGAUCAAUAUAUUUGCGGACAACGAGACUAUUGCCGGUGCUAGCUCUACUCCUAUGGUCACAGAAAAUGCUGUCACUGAACCUAUGUCAGAAGGAAACAGUGAUGUAAGUGUCCAUUUCACCAAUACGCAAAGGGACGAAGAGAAUGAUGAUUCUAGUUCCUUUUCUUCAUCCACUAAUAAUGAAGUCCUUGAUGGACGUGACUCUCUCAUAUGGCAUUCUCAACGUACAUCAGCAGGAUUAAGCACUCGUUUAAGACGGCCUUGUUUAUUGCAUAGGUCUGUGGCAUCUCGGUUUUCACCAAACGAAAAUCACUCCCUAAAUCCGAUUACUGAAGAUUUAGGGCUCUGGACUAACUACGAAAAUGAAAAGAUUUCCGGGCUAGACUCUUGGGUAACUAUUGAUGGUAAACUGGUGGGCACCGCAGCUGUCCAAACGUUCUUUGAUUCUUCGAAGAUCUCAACAGAAGCAAUAAGUAUCUCUGAAGGGGAGUUUGAAAGAUGGCUGAUAUCGGCGCUGUAUCCCAAAAACCUUGGUCGCUUCUUUAAAAGCCAAAACACGUUUUACGGACAAAAAGGGAAGGAAAGUUAUACAAAAUUUUUCACGCCUUUAAGCACGCCUCAGAGAUGGGAAAGCUCAAUUGAGUUUCUAUAUGGUUAUGAUUACCUAUCAGCGGUUAAACGGGACAUGUUCAAGGGUAUUAAAAACUUUGUUAGCUACAAAGAUGACGAGAUCUCAGAAAAAGACCAAUCUCAGGUCAAAGAAGUAUCAAUGUCGGCUACAGGCUCUCUUAACGUAAGCCCCUGUCGAUAUGAACAGCAUAAUGCUACUAGCAAUAAUGUGUUAUCUGUUAUCGGUGGUUCAAAUAAUGAGCACAAUGUUGAUGCUGGAUUUUUGGAAGCAUUACCUGAUGAAUUAUUAGAUGAAGUGCUUAAUCGUGACGUUUCUGAACAAGCAAUUCCAGAGCGACCACUUAAUCAUAUAGAGGAAGGAUUUUUGGAAGCCUUGCCCGAUGACAUUCGCGCAGAAAUCACUUCCUAUAGUAAUCUCCGUGGAAAUAUCCAUCACGGCGUAGAGGACAAUAUUUCUGAACAUGGGGCAUCUUCCUCAACUGCUGCGCCUGAAGGAAGAAAUACAGAAUUAGUUGAUGGUGUAUCGUCUCCUAUCAUUCCGACAUUUAGUUCUUCGGAUAUCCAACUUCCUCAAUUGAAAGCCUAUUCAAACCGAGUAGCGAAACCGGAGCGUACAUGGAAUAAUUUGCAUUUAUUUGAGAUUACCGGAGUCGCUUCGCUUCUAAAACUUCUUUUUACUUAUGAUGGUACUUGCCAAAAUUUGAUCUUUGAUAUUGUCUUGAAGAUUUGUGAAAACAAGCAGAAUCUUUUUGACGUAUUAGAACUUUCACUGUUCAUCGUCGUUCAACUUGCAUCGGUACGACCUUCUGCUCAAAAUUGCUAUACCGUUGUCUCCAAAUUAGCAGAAAAAAGUAUCAGAAACGCUGCUUUGAAGUCCGGUUUUAAUGGGGUUAUGCAACGAAAAACAUCACUCAAUGCCAUUUCCAAUGACAUCAAUGCUAAAAACAUAUCAUCUUUGUUGGGAAAGUUCAUUGAUUUAUUGGUAUAUUUAACUGAGUGGAACCCGACUUUUGGCAACUGCUUUUUCGAAAAGGUGAAUAUAAAGAAGUUUGAACAGAACGGGGCUCGACGUGCUCGGGAUUGCCAUAUGUUUCCGUUUUACAUCAUCCUGAGCCUGCUAAAAUCUAAACGAAUCACUUCUAAUCGAACCUUACUUGAAGGAUUAGCCCUUUUGUUAUCAAAGGUGACAAAGUUUUUGUGCAACCAAUCCAAAGUUUAUGAUGGUAUGAUAUUGCAAAGGGAAAGAGAAGGUAUUUACGAUGAACGGAAACACACGUUUAGUGUAAAAUUCUCUCCCAAAUUCACUAAACAUUUGGCCUGUGUCUUUUCUUUGAAAUAUUGCAACAGCAUUGUUUUCACGAAUGCAUUAAGGGCAAUGGACAAUUUGUGCAUUUAUGGAAAAUGUUUUGGCUCAUUUCUUCAUGAAUUACUUAGACAAUCAAGCAUGAAGGUCAGUGCGGUGGAACAGAUGUUGAAAGUUAUCUUACAUUCUCUCGGCUCAUUGGCGAUUGAACAGACAAUGGUUUCUAUUUUUGCAUCCGUUCCAAGUUUCUGUUUUGAGCAAACAAAUUUGCUUCAAAAUUUAAAGGCGCUUGAAUUUCUGUGUGAAAAGCAUUCCUUGGCACUUUUUGUUAAUGAAUGUGAUCUAAUGUUUUCCGUUCCACUUUGGGAAAGUCUCUUAAAUUUGCUUGAUAAUGUUCCGGAUGCCACCAGGAAGUUAGAAAUUGCCCGUUUUCUUCUACCUUUAAUUGAAUCUUUCAUGAUCGUGUCUAACCUUACCAUGUUAAUUAAUCGACUGAAACAAGAGAAGACUAAUAUCCGUAUCGAACAUAUGUUUCAACAGUUUACUGGCAAAUAUCGAGUACUCCUGAAUACUCUUGUUAGGGAGAACGAAACACUUAUGAGUGGUUCUUUCUCUAUACUAAUGAAGAACUCAUACAUGCUUGAUUUCGAUAACAAGCGUCGGUAUUUUCUACAAAAACUACACAACGACCCCUUUUACACCCGCUCUUUGACAGUUCCCGUCAGGCGCGAACACGUCUUUACAGAUUCUUACCGUGUUCUGUAUGCAAAAGAUGCUAAAGAGCUUCUUCAUGCAAGACUCAGCAUCAAGUUUGAAGGCGAAGAAGGCGUGGAUGCUGGCGGUAUCACUCGGGAGUGGUUUCAGGUUGUUACUCAUCAAAUGCUGAAUCCGAACUAUGCACUGUUUUCGCCUUCGCCUACUGAUCCGAAUACUUUUCACCCAAAUAAGACUUCUGCCGUUAAUCCUGAACAUCUUUCUUACUUUCGAUUUGUUGGAAGGUUACUUGGAAAAGCUCUUUUUGAUGAACGCUUGCUGGAUUGCCAUUUCAGCAAUGCUGUCUAUAAAGCUUUGCUAAACAAGCCUAUCUCGCUGAAUGAUAUAGAUUCGCUGGACACAAACUACUCCAAAUCGUUACACUGGAUGCUUGAAAACAACAUCACUGAUGUUAUUACGGAGACUUUUUCUGUGGAAACGGAUACGUUCGGAGUUCACAAGGUUAUUGACCUUGUCCCUAAUGGUCAAAGCAUAAACGUUACCGAAGAGAAUAAGCGUGAUUACGUUCAUCUUUUAACUGAGUACCACCUAAAAUCCAGUGUCCAGCAACAAUUGGAACACCUCAAGGCCGGCUUUUCCGAGAUGAUUGACGAGAGUCUUAUAUGUAUCUUUAGUGAGAAGGAACUUGAGCUACUUCUUUCUGGACUGCCAGACAUUGACAUUGAUGACUGGAAAAACAACACUGAGUAUGUUAACUACACACCAGCAUCGUCGAACAUUCAAUGGUUUUGGAGGGCUCUUCGCUCGCUCGGUAAGGAAGACCUAGCCAAAUUGCUUCAGUUUGUCACUGGUACCUCUAAGGUUCCACUGAACGGUUUUGCUGGCUUAAUGGGUACGACUGGACUGCAAAAGUUCUCCAUUCAUAAAGAUUACAGCACCGUUCCCGGAAAGUUGCCUCAAUCACAUACAUGCUUUAAUCAGCUCGACUUACCCGAGUAUGGCUCGUAUGAGGAGUUAAAGUCUGCUCUUCUCACGGCUAUUCAUGAAGGAUCCGAGGGUUUUGGGUUUGCAUAA